GGGAGUGAAUGGCAGAAGACUUUUCUUUCCAAGCCAGGCUUGGCAUUCAGGAUAAGCCAGAGGACUAGAACAUAAGGUGGACUAUACCGCUGUCUGUUGGGACUUAAGCACUCACUGGAGAGCAGGAACAGCGGUGGAGAACGUGAGCCCAUGAGGUCGUCGACGCUGAUCUUGCUCUUCCUGAUCGGCGUCCAGGCUGCAGUGAAUAUGACGGGGGAGGAUCAGGCCCAAGAAGGAGCCAGGCCCAGGAAACAGCCACAUGGCAAGAUCACUCACCCAACCCCAAUGGACAACAGAACACCUUCUAGUCAGACAGAGCCCACCCCUCUGGACUCCAUCCCAACUGUGGACCCCGAACUCUUCAGGAAGCGGCGUCGACUGUCACCCCGGGUGCUCUUCAGUGCCCAUCCUCCUAAGUCAAGGCCCAGCACCAGGGCUCGACGCAACACGGACCAUCCCCAGAACCGGGGUGAAUACUCUGUGUGUGACAGCAGCAGCGACUGGGUAGGCAACAAAACAACAGCCACGGACCUGAAGGGCAAUGACGUGGAGGUGCUGCCCUAUGUUAACAUCAACAAUGUCGUCAAGAAGCAGUACUUCUUUGAGACCAUUUGCCUCAGCACCACGACUGGACGCUCGAGCUGCCGGGGAGUGGACGGCCGCCACUGGAACUCCCACUGUACCAACACGCACACUUUUGUCCGAGCACUCACCUCCUUCCAGAACCUAGUGGCCUGGAGAUACAUCCGCAUCAACGUGGCCUGCGUUUGCGUGCUUAGCCGCAAGUCCUGGAGGCACUGACUGCUGCUCCUAAAAAGCCACAGUUCCAAAAAGCAACAAACUGCAAUACCAAGUAACACUCAGCCAAGCAGUGUUGACACUACCCAAACUCUGAUCCCACACUGUACAUUACUUUUUACUUUAAGUUAUAAAGGACUGCAUGUAAUAUUUAUAGUUUAUAUGGUCAAAAAGUUAUCUAUAAGAAACUAAGUGUUGGUUGUUGAGGGGGCGUGGUGGUGCAGUGGGUUGGACUGGGUCCUGCUCUCCGGUG